GAUAGAACGGGCUUGUGGUACAACUAUACUUAUUCGGGUUAGCGCAAAACAGCUUCGGCUUCUGGCCGGUUCCUCCGUCAUUGCAUUGGAUUAAAUUUUUUGAAGCUUUUCUUCCCCGGAAUCUCAAAACUCAAUCCUCCAACGCCUACAUUUCAACAACGCCGGCGAGAAUUUCUUCUCCUUCCCUCUCUUACGCCGUGAUCUUUGUGGUGGCAUUUAAUUAUUGCCUUUCCCCUACUUAAUAUCUGUAUCCCACAGUCACAAUGCAGCGUGCUCUUUCGUCCCGAGCCCGGGCUUCGGUCCUAUCUUCGGCUGCCACUAAGUACCGAGCUGGUGCAGGCCUUUCACAGCAGCUUCGAUUCGCCCACAAGGAGCUCAAGUUUGGCGUUGAGGGCCGAGCUUCCCUUCUUGCCGGUGUCGAGACCCUCGCCAAAGCUGUCGCCACUACACUCGGCCCUAAGGGUCGAAAUGUUUUAAUCGAGUCGAGCUAUGGCUCUCCCAAGAUCACAAAGGAUGGUGUUACUGUCGCAAGAGCUAUCAGCUUACAAGACAAGUUCGAGAACCUCGGCGCUAAGUUAUUACAAGAUGUCGCAUCCAAGACAAACGAAUCUGCCGGUGACGGAACCACAAGCGCUACUGUUCUAGCUCGCGCUAUCUUCUCGGAAACUGUUAAGAAUGUCGCUGCUGGCUGCAACCCUAUGGAUCUGCGGCGGGGUACCCAAGCUGCUGUCGACGCUGUUGUUGAAUACCUCCAGAAGAACAAGAGGGAUAUCACGACCAGCGAAGAAGUCGCUCAAGUCGCCACAAUUAGCGCCAACGGAGAUACCCACAUUGGCAAGUUGAUUGCCAAUGCCAUGGAGAAGGUUGGUAAGGAGGGUGUUAUCACCGUCAAGGAGGGAAAGACGAUGAAUGAUGAGUUGGAAGUUACCGAGGGUAUGCGAUUCGACCGUGGUUACGUUUCGCCUUACUUCAUCACAGAUGCCAAGGCACAGAAGGUCGAGUUCGAGAAGCCCCUCAUUCUCCUUUCUGAGAAGAAGAUCUCUGCCGUACAAGAUAUUAUCCCCGCUCUCGAGGCCUCUACCCAGUUGCGACGACCUCUUGUCAUCAUUGCCGAGGACAUUGAUGGUGAAGCCCUAGCCGUCUGCAUCUUGAACAAGCUCCGUGGUCAGCUCCAGGUUGCCGCCGUCAAGGCCCCCGGCUUCGGUGACAACCGAAAGUCGAUCCUCGGUGAUAUCGCUGUCCUCACCAACGGUACCGUUUUCACUGAUGAGCUCGAUAUCAAGCUGGAGAAGGCUACUCCUGACAUGCUUGGUUCUACCGGCUCCAUCACCAUCACUAAGGAGGAUACUAUUAUCCUCAACGGAGAGGGCAGCAAGGACGCGAUUGCUCAGCGAUGUGAACAGAUCCGUGGUGUCAUGAGCGAUCCCACCACCUCCGAGUACGAGAAGGAGAAGCUCCAGGAGCGACUUGCUAAGCUCUCGGGUGGCGUUGCCGUCAUCAAGGUCGGUGGCUCUUCCGAGGUCGAGGUCGGCGAGAAGAAGGACCGCUUCGUCGAUGCCCUUAACGCUACCCGAGCUGCCGUCGAGGAAGGUAUUCUGCCCGGUGGUGGUACCGCUCUCCUCAAGGCUGCCAGCAACGCCCUGAAGGAUAUUAAGACUGCAAACUUCGAUCAGCAACUUGGUGUUAGCAUCGUCAAGAAUGCGAUUACCCGACCAGCCAAGACGAUCGUGGAGAACGCUGGUCUGGAAGGCUCUGUAGUUGUUGGUAAGCUCAUGGACGAAUUCGGUAACGACUUCAACAAGGGCUUCGACAGUGCCAAGGGAGAGUACGUGGACAUGAUCCAGGCAGGUAUCCUUGACCCGCUCAAGGUCGUCCGAACUGGUCUAGUUGAUGCCAGCGGUGUUGCGUCGUUACUAGGCACCACCGAAGUUGCCAUCGUUGAGGCACCCGAGGAUAAGUCUGCUGGUGGUGGCAUGGGCGGCAUGGGCGGCAUGGGCGGAAUGGGUGGCAUGGGAGGAAUGAUGUAAUGAGUUCAUGUUUUGGAUGAAACUCUAUCCUGUCAUGUAUCAAAAGUUUGGGUUGGGAGCAUUGACCUCGGUGUUAUGCGGACGGGUUAAUAUUGGCUCUUGUCAUGUCUUCCUCUAUCUCCCCUCUACCUCUGCCACUCUCCCCCCCUGUGCAUUAU